AUGUCUGAAGUUGCUCAACCUGAAAUCAUUGAAAACAAGGAUGGUACCAAGACUGUUAUUUCUUACCGUAUUGAAAAUGGUAAGAAAUAUAAGGUUACUCAAAAAGUAAGAGAAAUUAAAGUCACUGAACGUGUCCACCGUAAUGUAGCUAGUAGAAGGGCUUGGGCUAAAUUUGGUAGAGAUAAGGGUUCUCCUGCAGGUCCAAAUCAUUCAACUACUCAAUUGGGUGAAGAAAUUACUUUAAGAUUAGGCAGACGUUGGAAGCAAUUAGAAGAACAAGAAGCUGCAAAGAAUAAAAUUGUUAAUGAAACUGUUAUCUCUUGUAGAUUAUGUGGUAAUAACCAUUACACAAUGCACUGUCCAUUCAAGAGUCUGCUACAGGAUAUUUCUGCCUUGGAAAAUCCACAAGCUGAAGGCCAACGUGUUGAAGGUGAUGAAUCAAACGCAAACGAAUCUGCUGAACGUUCGGAAGCUCCAAGUGCUGUUGGUAUGACUGGUGGUAAGUAUGUUCCACCAGGACGUCGUGCUGGUGCCAAGGAUCCAUCAUCUGAUGCAUUCAGAGAUGCUAGAGAACGUGAAGAUAUGCGUACAUUGAAAAUUACUCAAUUAAACGAAAAUGCUGAUGAAAUGACUUUAAUGAAUGAACUAUUAUUCCCAUUCAACCCAAUCGAAAGAGUUGUUGUUGUUAAGAAUAGAGAAACUGGUAAAUCGAGAGGUUUAGCUUUCGUUACAUUUGCUUCAGAAGAUACUGCAGAAAGGGCUUUACAAUUCUUAAACGGUAGAGGUUUCAUGAAUUUAAUCUUAAAUGUUGAACGUUCCAAGCCAAGAAAUUGA